CUGGCUGUAAUUCACUUUGGGAUCUCAUGGAUGAGAUUCAAAGUCCCAAUCUGGGUUUUAGAGAGCCAAGCACUUGCCAACUCAAUACCCCAUUUGGGUUCUUUUUGCCCAUUUCCACAAAUUCAUCAGAGACAGAAUUUUUGGUUUAGUGUCUCCCUUUCUCUCUCUUUUGGUUGGUUCUUGAUGGUACUGAUUGAACACAUUAAAUGUAAGGUGGAUUUCAUAUUGCCAUGGUAUUCUAUGCUAGAUUUAGCAAUGCAGAUUGGUAUAUGAUGGUGUGGAUGACAGUAUGAUUAGGACAUCAGUCCUUCAUCAGACCCAUGUCCUGGUAUCACGAGAAGAUCCACCUCAAUCCCCAGAGUUGAGCUUCAAGUUGGGAGAGAAGGAAUGUGUGUCCUUGUUGAAGAAAUGCAGCAACAUGGAGGAAUUCAAGCAAUCCCAUGCCCGUAUCCUCAAGUUGGGGCUCUUUGGGGAUUCUUUCUGCGCAAGCAAUCUUGUAGCUACUUGUGCUCUGUCAGAUUGGGGCAGCAUGGAUUAUGCAUGCUCCAUUUUCAGGCAAAUGGAUGAACUGGGUUCCUUUCAAUUUAAUACCAUGAUGAGGGGACAUGUCAAGGAUAUGAACACGGAGGAAGCUCUGAUUACCUAUAAGGAGAUGGCUGAGAGAGGGGUCAAGCCAGAUAACUUUACUUACCCGACUCUGCUCAAGGCCUGCGCUCGGUUACCUGCAGUUGAGGAAGGAAUGCAGGUGCACGCCCAUAUUUUAAAGCUUGGACUUGAAAAUGAUGUGUUUGUGCAGAACAGCUUGAUCAGUAUGUAUGGGAAGUGUGGCGAAAUAGGAGUUUGUUGUGCUGUUUUUGAGCAGAUGAAUGAACGGAGUGUUGCCUCUUGGAGUGCCCUUAUUACAGCUCAUGCAAGCUUGGGCAUGUGGAGUGACUGCCUUAGGCUAUUGGGGGAUAUGAGUAAUGAGGGAUAUUGGAGGGCUGAAGAGAGCAUUUUGGUCAGUGUUCUGUCUGCUUGUACCCAUUUGGGUGCCCUUGAUUUGGGAAGGUCUGUGCAUGGCUUCUUACUGAGGAACGUGAGUGGACUCAAUGUUAUAGUUGAGACUUCUUUAAUUGAAAUGUAUUUGAAGUGCGGGUCUCUAUACAAAGGCAUGUGUCUCUUCCAAAAGAUGGCCAAGAAGAACAAGCUUUCCUAUAGUGUGAUGAUAUCAGGCCUCGCCAUGCAUGGCUAUGGCCGAGAAGGCUUAAGGAUUUUCACUGAAAUGCUUGAACAAGGCCUUGAACCAGACGACAUUGUCUACGUGGGAGUGCUAAACGCCUGCAGCCAUGCUGGCCUUGUCCAGGAAGGUCUCCAGUGUUUCAACAGGAUGAAGUUAGAGCAUGGGAUAGAACCUACAAUUCAGCACUACGGAUGCAUGGUUGAUCUCAUGGGCCGAGCAGGGAAGAUCGAUGAAGCCCUGGAACUGAUCAAGAGCAUGCCCAUGGAACCCAACGAUGUUUUAUGGCGUAGCCUUCUCAGUGCAUCUAAGGUUCAUAACAACUUGCAAGCAGGGGAGAUUGCAGCCAAGCAAUUAUUCAAACUAGACUCUCAAAAAGCAAGUGAUUAUGUUGUAUUAUCUAACAUGUAUGCUCAAGCUCAAAGGUGGGAGGAUGUGGCUAAGACUCGAACCAAUAUGUUCAGUAAGGGCCUGAGCCAGAGGCCCGGGUUCAGCUUGGUGGAGGUGAAGAGAAAGAUGCACAGAUUCGUAUCGCAGGAUGCAGGGCAUCCCCAGAGUGAGAGCGUAUACGAGAUGCUGUACCAGAUGGAGUGGCAGUUGAAGUUCGAAGGCUACUCCCCAGACACGACGCAGGUGUUGUGUGAUGUAGAUGAAGAAGAGAAGAAGCAGAGACUGAGUGGUCAUAGUCAGAAGUUAGCAAUUGCCUAUGCACUCAUACAUACAUCACAGGGAUCUCCUAUAAGAAUAGUUAGAAACCUAAGGAUGUGUAAUGACUGUCACACAUACACCAAACUAAUUUCAAUCAUCUUUGAUAGAGAAAUUACUGUAAGGGACAGGCAUCGGUUCCACCAUUUUAAAGAUGGGGCUUGCUCUUGUAGAGACUACUGGUGAAUGGAUACAUAUUUCUCAUUCA